AGAAACUCCGCAGAACGUUGUAAAAACGCGGAGUGUCGCGCCAAGUGCCGGGUUUCAAAACGUAAACAGAAGCCUUGAACCUCGGAUUAACAGCAGUGCAGUUGUGCAGCCAAAUAUUUCAGAAUGGAUGACCGAGUGCAGGGCACCUUUAUUUCUGAAAAAGUCUCCAAAGUUCGGUGGAAGCCGGAGAACGGAUACGAGUCUCACCAUUUCGUCACUGGGAGUUGGGAUAACGAGAAUUUAAAUAAAGUGACACUGUGGUCUUGCCCCAUUGAUGGGAUUGAAGAAAAGGAUGAUCCAUCUCUUAUAUGUUCUUCACCUACUGAUGGAGAUGUCACAGAGCUCAAAUUUGUCCAGAACAAUGACUUCUUGGUGUCAACAUCAUCAGGUACUGUCCAGCUAAUGACAAUCGUGGAUGUGGGGGAUGCAGCCAACACUGUUCUGAAACCAACUAUGUCAUGGCGGAAGCUUCAUUCAUUUAAAACCGGAGAACUGGGCGCUUGCACUGGAUUUGCCACCUAUUUAGGUGAUGUUGCGACUGUUGGAGAAAACGGUAGCAUUGUGUCGCUAAAUCUCGAAAAGAGACAACCUUUGAGAAUCAUUGAAUCUGCUGACAGUUGCUCCCUGAGGUGCAUCCUCUAUUUGCGCCACAGUGAAAUUUUGACCGGAAAUUUGAGGGGUCAAAUGAAAAAAUGGGACCUGCGUAUAGCUGACGACAAGUCCAUUCUUACCUUCAUGCUGUCUGGAGAUCAGUUGGGAGCCACUUGCAUCACACAGCACCCAACACAGCAGCAUACAAUCCUUGUUGGGGGGGAGGAUGGCUCCAUAACUGUCUGGGAUCUUCGACAAACCUCUUACGCAGUCCCACUUGCUGCUCAUUCAGGCCUUGUCAGUGAAAUGACAUUCCAUCCCGAUCGACCAGAUCACCUUUUCUCUUGUUCAUCAAAUGGUGAAUCCUGGCACUGGGAUACCAGCAGUGUGUCACGAUCCACAAGGCCUGGCCAGAACAUGUCAUGGACAGGUAUUGAUCCUCUUCAAAACGAAAAUCCGUGGCUCAACACUGAUGCUGUUAAACAUCGUCUUAAUGUCGUCCCAUUAAUGCCGACUUUACAUAAAGGAGUUAAUUCUGUGGAUGUAAAUAAAGAUAAAGUAGUUGUUGGAUGUGAUAACGAGGCAGUUUAUGUAAUUUCUGAUGUUUUAAACUCUAGAAUGUAAUUGAAUGGGUGGAAAUGUUGUCUUCUUUAAUUGAUUCUUAUAUGGUAUGAAUAAAAUUUUGCUCUACUUA